AUGGGACUGAAUUUCCUUUCACAAAUUUCAACAAACGUUUAUGGAUUGUUUUCAGACGUAUCGGCAAUAUGGCAAAUGAGUCCUAUGGAACCGCCUAGUUUCAUAGAAGAACCACCGAGCCUUAUAUAUUUCUCUAACACUACGGGUAUCCUGAUAAACUGCCAGGGACAAGGGAACCCACAACCUAAUGUCACUUGGCUGCACUACAACAACCGAAUUGUGACUGACAUACCGAGGCUCAGGUACUGUACAUAAUUAUUUAUUUUUAUUUAGAUUUUAAAUAUAAACUAAAAACUGACCACAAUCACAAAAGUGAUAGUAUAAAAUAAUGUAUUUUUUUUUAUCAUUUCAAAUUCAAAUAAUAAUGCCAUGAAAAUCUUAAAUCACGACAUUUCAGAACAUGUUUAACCGAAUCAUUUUUUUGUUAUCAAUAAUUUAUUUUUGCAUAAAAAUACAAAUUGAAUUAUUAUAAUAAUCUACUUUUCCAACUUUCUAUCUAAAACAGCGGCACAUUCGUCAGUAGUAUCUUUUGUUUUAACACGAAUAUGUUUUUGAGCUGAGGGUCAGUCGAAAAUUUGGGGAACAAUUUUACUGUAAUAUAAAAAAACUGACGCUGAUUUCCAUAGUAAUAACAACAAUAAUAUAAUUAAACAUGAUACCAUAAUAUCGAUAUCCAAGAUUCUAUAGUGUUCCGUGUAACAAAGAAAAUAAGCAAAUUGUUUUAAUGUAUUUUUUUUUUUUUUUUGACUUAUUGCCUAUUAUAUUAAAUAAAUGUUUUACUUGUCAGAUUUGUUUUUAAAGAUUGUAUUAAAUAUAUUUGUAUAAAAAUAAUUUUGGUUACAGUGGUUUUAUUAUACGUAAAAUAAUUCAUACAAGAAUCGAAAAUAGCUGAGUUUGUCCGUUUAGUAAAUCCGAAUUUACAAUGAAAUGUCGGAUUUCGGCUUUCGAUAAUCCGGAUUGAAGCUCGACAAUCCGGAUUUUUCCCAUCAUAUUUUAAUACUCUAAAACGUAUAUCGUUAACUUGCUAAGUUAUUUUUUAAAUAUUAUUUAUAAAUGUAUAAUCUAUGAUAGGUAGUUUGAAAUCGUGAAAAAGAUUGCGAAUCACUGGUUUAUAUAAUCGGAGAGCCGUCGCGAAUAGAGGAAAUGAAAUGGAUGUCUACCUUUAGAUUAAAAUAUCGUGCUCGACGCUCGAUAAUAAUAAUAUUACCUAUUGGCUGUUAACAAUGAUAAACAUAUCUACAAGCGUUUUGUAGGUAUUUUUUAAAAUCUGAUUCGGUAUAUGCUCGUACAAUAUGAAUACAAAUUCCAAUAAAUCAAGAAUAGCGAGUGGAUACGCCUACAAAGCACGUAAAUAACGCGAUAUAUUAUAUCAUUAAUUUACCGACACCCGAAUAGGCAGCAAAUCCUGUAACAAUCGUUGAAAAAUACGCGAACGCAAUUUAAUUUCAAUGCAUUUGAAUGUCCGAUUCAACAACGGAUCGAACUCACACAUAAAACGAAUUUAUAUUGCAGUAAACAAACAGUAGGUAGCUGUUCUUACGACCAAUACAAAUUCUCUCAGUGAUUGUUUAUGUAUUUUAAUGUAAAGUCCGGAACUUUCAUUGAAAUUAAAAUUUUCACGGACGAUUUUCUUGCACGAAUAGUCGUUAUUAGAUAAUAAUUGCGAGUCAAAAAUACGUGUAUACUUAUAGUACUUACACACAUAUCGAUUGUACAGUUUCUGUUUUUUCCACUGUACAUAUUACUAUAUUGAUUAUAAAUAAUAGAAGGUAUUUGAAAUGUUUUUAUAUUAAUAAAUAAUACAAUUUAUUACCAAUAUGAAUAAAUACAAUUUGAUAAAAAGGAUUAACCGUGCAAUACGCGAGGAUGUGAUACCCGAGUGUUAUUGUCUCCGUCUUACAAACGUACGACAUAGCUAAUUUACGUUUGGUGAAGAUAAAAUAACAGCUAUCAUAAAACUUAAAGAUAAGAAAAAUGUCUGUGCAACGGUUAUAUUUACGAUGUUUUAUUUCCAAGCAACAUUAUUAAAUUGUGAUAUUGCAUGUAUUGAUAUUUUCUUUAAAAUUAAAAUAUUAAAUAACAGCAAUGCCCAGAUAAUGUUCUUACAUUUAAGUUUCGUAAUAGAUCAAUUCAUUCUAAUAUGUAAACUAACAGCACUACGUUGUCCCUGCUGAACGCAAAUGUCCUAUGCCAUACGUUUGAAAGACGGAGAUAACACAUGCAGCUAACACGCCCUCUUAAUUAAGUUUAAAACCAAAUGUCGACUUUACUCGGUUAAAAAUUUAACAGACCUACAUCUGCAUACAAAUUAAAACUAAAUAUGUGCCGUUUGUUUUAUUAUGGUUAACGUAAAAAAAUUAACUAUAGUUGUUGAGUUAAAAAGUUUUAACAUUACUUAUAAUGUUUUAACUGUCAACCGCGUUGAUUAUGAAUACAUCUUGUAAUCAAAUAUCAUAGACAUUAUAGUUUAUUUUUACAUCCGGAUUUUGACUCGCAUGCGGCCAGAAUAAAAUAUUUCUUACAUAAAAAUAGAAUUAUCAUUUAAUAAAUAAUCUAUAUUCAGAAAUGUAAAAAAAAUAAAAAAAAAAUUCCUUGCUCUUUAUACUAUUGGAACGUAUAUAUAAUUAUACAUACACAUUUCGAUACUUCUACUCCGGUGGGUUUGUCGUCGCCGUUGUCGAAAUGUUAAGUGUACCAGAAAAUAAGCGUGCCUACCUAUCAGUUCCGAUUAUGUAUAUUCUAAAGGACGUUUCGGGCGGGCUUUUGACUGUUUUACGCAGUUAAUAUAACGCGAAAGUUUCCCCGUUUAAAGUCUAUUUAUGAUUUUCUCUGUAUUUAUAUAUAUAUAUAUAUAGGUAGCGCAUUUUCUUUUAUGUAAAAAUCAAAAUAGAAAAAAAUAAAAAUCGUUCCACUUUGAACACGAUUUACGCGUGUGCUGCAGUAUUUUUAUACACUGUGUUUAGCAUGUAGACCCGCCGCAUUAUCUUUUUUUCGUAUUUAAUACAAUUUCCGGCGUCCCGUCCUGUAAACCCCCACACAUCACGUCCAAUAUUUGCACACCGGAUCAAUCUGUUUGAACAAUAUCAUAUACACACUCCGAGCCGAUUAUAUUAUAAUAUGUGCCCGGCGAAACUAUAUUAUAUAGGUAUCUACCUCUUGACACACUCGACGUUACAAACCCGAAACGGACCCUCGUGCCGUUAUUUUAUAAUCCCGAAAUUAUUGUGAUCAGUUUCACUAUUAUAAGGCUAUGGGGUGUAAGCGUAUUCCUCCCUCUUCGGUGAUUCACGAUUCCACAUAUACCUUUCAUUCACACAAUUUAUAUAUGUGAUGAUGCGAUGUGUUAAGAGAGUUGUGUUAUUUCGAUCACAAAAAUCAAAUUAUUUAUUUGAUGAAAAAAAAAAUAAACCAAAAAACGGAUUCGAGCAUUAGAGUUUAUUAACUUUAGGAUAUAAGUAACUAACGGACUAAGUACUAACGGACGCAAGUAAUGAGGUCAGUAGUUUAGCUGAUCAGAGUAAUCUAAACAUUUGGAGAAAGGUAUGUCGUAUUUUUGGAAAUAUAGAAUAACCCACAAUUUUUAAACAAUUUUAGGUGGAGGUCAAUGGAGCUUAUUUGACUUUGGAAGUUUGUACUCAUUAGUGACCUGUACGUAUACUACAAAUGCAUAUGUGUUCAAAUUAAUGUGUUAAACAAAUUUUUAAAAUUGUAUUAUAUGUGAGUGAUAGUUAAAUGGAAAAUUCGGAAAUUUGUAUUAUUAUAUCAGAGAAAAAUAAAGAACCAGCUGUGCUUAAUGUGUAUAAAUAUCGGUGUUCGUAAAUACAAUCAUUUUUAAAAGUGAUACUGUUUUUCCAAAAAUAAUUGCUCGGCGUUUAUUUUUCAUUUAUGGUAAUGACGCAUCAAUAUUUAUACAGAAUCGAGUUAUUUUAAGGUAAAAAAAAUUAAUUUGUGCAACGAAAAUGUGAGGAGUCGUGUAAGUAAAAAGAAAAGGUAUUGUGUGGAAUCGUGUGUUAUCCUUCCUUGCAAAAACAAACCAAUGCAAUAAAAAGUGAAAACACGAAAAUCGGAGGUGGCGUAGAGAUAUUAUUAUAAUUAAAUUCAUUGAUAUCGUUCUCUGAUAACGAAAAAAAAAAUCAUAUCGGUUCAAUCAUAGAUAUAUUAACUAAAUAGACUGCACCUAGGGAAAAAAUUACUCAGCCAACAUCUGAAAAACAAACACGGGUGUUAUCAAAAAUAAAAAAUGUAUUUCUAGUGUUUUCAUGAAAAGCAUUAAUCAUACGUAAUAUCAUAGAUUACGGCCUUAGAAGAUAAGUUCGAGACACUGAGCAAUCAAACGUGGUAGCUUAAGGAGACAAUUUAUUAGUAUCUGUUUUAUUCACGCGAUAUUAAUAUCGCGACGAACGUAACUUUGUGUAUUUUAUAGAAGAUUGAAAAAUCAUAAUUAUAAUUAGUUCAAAUAAAUAAUAAUAGUUAUAUUGUUAUUUUAUUUCUGACUGUAAGCGUAUUUACAUAAAACAUAAUAUAAGUUUAAAACUUAUAAAUAUAUUAGCUAGGUACUUGUAUACUAUGUAUACUAUUAGGUUGUGCACUAUACCUACAUACAUAUAGAUACUCAGAAACUGCAGGAUAACAUACUAUCAUAUAAUCUACAAGUCCAAAUUAAAUAAUAUAAUAAUAUUAAUAUUAAAUUUAGUAACACGAAAUUGCUUUUAGAAGAUAAUGACGGACUCGAAUGAUUUUAUUAAGGCAAAAUCUGGCAAAAAUUUUAGUUGUCCUGCCACAAAUGGUUGAGAUAAAGAGAAAAAAGAGUAUUGUUGCUUUGUUUAAUAGGAAAAAUCAUUAAAUUAAAUUCAUACAUUAUCUAUAAUAUUAUUUAUGAUAAACCACAAUAUACGUGUGAUUACCACGAAUUCUAUUUCAUUUAUAAAAAAACCCCAUGAGAAUUGUUUUUUCUUCCCGGAUACCUCUUUUUGAUUGUCAGAUUGUUUGAUUUUCAAGAAAAUAUGAAACAUAUACAAGGCGCGGUGCAUUAGCUAAUACGUCUAUGGGUUCAAUACACGAUGAUGAAAAGAUAUGGAUCUCCGUCAACACGGAGAGACAAUAGUUUUAAAAAAAUAAUAAUAAUAAACGGUAACACGCUAUUGACCUCUCUUUUCGAGGUCACAAAUAAGGGUGACUAUGGGUAAUAAUUCGUAAUUAAAUAAAUAUCAAAUUAUAUACGCGAUUUGCUUGUAUUAUUGUUAUUAUUAUACUGUUGUUUGCCGUGGAAAACAUUAAACACACGGAAAUGCACAACACAUGUGACGCCGAUAAUUAUAGGGAGCGACUCAUUUUUUUAAUUACCCGUGUGCCGUAUAUUUGAAAUAUACGAUGCGAAAAGGACGGACGGUAUGAAAAUGCCGUUCAUUUGGAAAAUGCAAAAAAAAAAACCCCGAGAAAAAAAUCACUCGCGCGUAAUAUUAAUUUAUUUUUUGUCUGUGGCUCUAGCCCGAGCAGCCCCUCUUGUUUAAUAAUUAUAUAUGAAUAACGUUUACAAUAGGCGGUACACAUAUACAGCAUGAUUAUUUUAGGAUAUCAAAAUAUGAAUAUUUUAAGUAAACUUGAUAUCAAUUUGGGUUGUCAGUCGUUUCAAUCUUUCACUGAUAAACAGAUAAAUCGAAAGCUACACCUACGCUGACUAUUUUUCAUAAUUCAUUUAAAACUGUUUACAAUCCUAUUUUGAUAGAUUCUGCAAAAAUUAAAAAAAAUAAUUACGGCUAAAACUUACCAAGUUGUAAACAAUAUUUUAUAGUUCAUUCACGUUUUCCGAAAUGUUCGCUCUAAGUCGUGUGCAUAAUGACUACAGUGAUUGACAAUUAUUGAUGAUAAUGUAAAACAGUUAACAUUAAAUAGACAUUGUAAUAAAAUGAUUUAUUGUAUUAUGACAACAAUAAUGAAUAAAUAGGAGAAAAGACGUUCUUGGAUAAUGAAGACGGGUGUAACCACUGUUAUAGGUAAUUUAAUUUAUAUCUGUAAGCAACGAUAAACCAUUGCUUACGAAAGAACGAUUCUGAGCGGAGUUUAGUUGACAGUAAUGCUUUGUCAACAAUAUAUAAGUAAUUUUAUGAUAAAAUAAUUAAAUAGGCAUUAUAAUUAUAUUAUCUUUAAUAAUAUUUGUUUCAUGUACCGAUUUUCCUGUUUUUCCUACGUUUUUCCCGGUUUUCCCAUGUUUUUUCCUAAUUUUUCAAAUUUAUUGGGGAAAUUUUUGAGAAAAUCGAAAAAUAACCUCCUAAAAGUACCUCCCCAGUAAAAUUUUCUUUUAGAAACAUUGCUAUCAUUAUAAAUUUGAGUGAAAUUUCUGGUAGAAAAGUUGUCUACAGAAAAAAAAAUAAAUAAACAACUUUGUAAAACCAUAAGCUUUUUCGCUCAACUCAAAAUCUAGAAUGUAUAGAUAUGAUUACCAUUUUAGAAGACUCUGAAUAACGCCAAAUAUUAAAACGGCCACAACUUAAAAAAUAUUAAUGGUAAAAGUUCACUUUUUCUUCGAUUGAAUAAAGAAUUUACAAUUUACAAUUACUAUAGAUAUUAAACUGAUUAUAAAAGUUUCCAUGACUUGGCGAUAAUAAUUUAAAUUGUUAAUAACGUGUAUACAGUAUACAAGUCUAGAGCAAUGAAAGGGUUGAUCGUUUAUUAAUGUUCUUAUUUGCGAUAUUUUCGAAAUUACCUUUAUUCGGUAUUACACAUUUCUACAUAUACCGUAAACACGAAAUAUUUUCUAUUCGAUUCUGAAUAUUAUGGAUUGCUUGUUGAAAAUCUUAAGUCGAAAAGGGUAAAAUAUUGAAAAUAUUGUACGGUAAAUAAGACCGUUAAACGAUUCUAAUUAUGAUGAUUAACAAAAAUCAAAUUUACUAAAAAUCUUCGUAGAUAAUUAUCGGUUCAUGAUAAAAUGUAUAAAAUAAUAGUUCUAUGACCUGUAUAUAUAGUUAUAUCAGAGGUGUUCCAAUAAAAACGCUGCAAUUUAAAUUGCCCUGUAUUUUUUUAUUUUUAGAUUGUCAACACUAGUUUUUAAAAUUUAUUUUUUUUUAUCAUUAAUGUUCAAUUUUUAUGUUUAAAUAAUGUUUAUGUAUUAAUGUUUUUUUUUUUAUCUUAUCGCAAUUAAUGGAGGGAGCACAAUACAAGCCGAAUACUAAUUUUGUUCGUGAAAUCUUAUUAUAAAAAUAAUGAGUCUGCGACGGAAACUGUUUAGGAAAUUCCGAACGAUUCUUGGAUAUAGUGCCAACUGUGACAGUAGUAUAAAAAGACAGGAUCAGACUAAAGCAAGAAAUUAAACGUAUCAUAGGGAAAGUCGUCAGACAAUUCUUUAAAAAGUUAUAACAAAUACUAUGGAUUAUAAAUCAACAGCCCGAUUACUCAGCUGAGUAAACCUUUUACUUAGCCUCAUGUAGCACCUUGACUAUAUGCCAGAUAUCAUGUUCCAUACCUAAACGUAAAAUGAAACAAAAAUUUAAUUUUAAUGUUAUGUAAUUUUUGAUUACAGAUCUAAUAAAAUAAAAUAAAUUUAUAACACCGAUAAAAACUGGCGUUCUUAUUGAGACACCACAAAUAAAUAUACAAUAUAUUAUCUAGUUUGAAAAAUUUUAAAUUUUUACCUUCGGCCGCUUAAAAGUGUGUUUGCCAUAAUAUAUUAUUACCGUAUAAAACCGCAAAGGACACGGCGGCGGCAGUGUAGGUGAUAUGAAAAGGUAAUAUUAAAUACAUACAUACAAAGCAAGAUGUGCAUUUAUAAGUUUAAAUGAGCGCGGAAAAAAUAACACAAAAAAAUUGUAAAACAACACUCGUACUUCAACGGUAGUAUAGGUGUAUUUUCCACAAGUUUUUGCGGGCGUGUGAGUUCGAAAGAGAAGAGAAAUACGUAAAUUAUUUUUUUACGCUCGGUCCGUGAAAUAAUUUCCUUUAUAUUUUUUCUCCCCUUAGCUCGUUAUAUAAUUAUUAUUACACGGUUAUUUUUUUUUUUUCCCAGGGAAACGCAACCGAACGGCAACCUGUACUUCCCUCCGUUUCCUGCGCAAUCGUACACACCGGAAAUACACGCAGCCACCUACAAGUGUGCUCUGGAAAACCCAGUGGGCAGAAUCAUCUCGCGGGAGGCCAGGAUAAAAGCCGGUAAGUAAUACGCGAAUAUCCGUAUUUAUGUUUAAUUUCUUCGAAAAAUUGGUAAAUUUAUUAAUAUUUUUAUUUAGUGUAGUUUAAAUCAAAAUAAUUUAAAUUAUUGUAGACUUAAAACAAUUGUAUAUACAAUUAAGGACUCAUCAUUAGUAAAUAUUUAUAACGCCAAAAUUGUGUUUUAAAAUAAAUGUAUAAAAUGAACAUAUUGGAUUUUGUAAAAAAUCAUAACUACCUCCACUGUUUGUAAAGAAUGCAUUCAUUUUUCAACGAAUUCGUUCAUAAGUAUAGAGUAUACAUUCAAUUUAUACCCUAUGAGUCAUGCUUAAAAAUACAUUAAUUUUCUUAACAAAUGUGGUUGCAAAUUGAAUGUAAUACAUUCUUUCUUAACACUGGUUGAUGGAUGAAAUAAUCACUGGUUAUUAGUAAAUAUUUUACAUAUUAUAUAAUAGAGCAGAUUCAUCUGUCUGACUAUCCAUAAUUAUUUUUCUCGUUUACUUAGAACAUAAAUUGUGGUGUAAUUGAAGUUCAAAUUCAAAUAUCAAUACCUAUGUAUAUUGUAUAGAUAAUUUUCAUAUAAAAAAUUUACAACUAUGAUAGUUUAGAAUGAGUUAGAGUUAAUUGAGUUAUCAUUCAACCCUAAGAUAAGAACAUUAUUUGUGCAAUGUAGGCUUUAUAUUUGAGCUAUUUUUUUUUCAAAGUGAGAUAUUAGCAUUAUUAAAUUGUGAUGUUUCACAAAUUCUUAAAAAUUAAAUAGCAAACAAAUAACGUGAACGUUCUACAGAUAAUAUUCUCAUCUUUAAGUUUGAUAAUAGGUUAAUUUACCCUAAUAAAUACAAUAUCAAAACUAACAGUACAAUGUUGUCCCUGAUGAACGAAAAUUUCCUGUGUCAUUCGUUUGAAUAACAAAGAAAACACAAACGGGUAUCACGUCCUUUUAAUAAACAAGUGUGUCUAUGUACAAUUUAUAUACGAAUCUAACUUACGCAAAGAUCUGAAUAUACAAAAUAAAAAAUGCAGAAUACAUACAGAUUACAGAAUCGGAUAAACGAGUCCGAGACCAUCCGUAUUUCUGAAAUUUAAACACUAAAUUGUGGUUGACAUGGGUUUUUUUUUUGUAUUUUUGGAAUGAACAUUGAAUUAUUUGUGUUGAUUUAUGGGUCACUUUGAUAACACUGAUGGAAAAAAAAACAGUUAUUGUUAGUUAGUUUGGCUGUCCCGAGCAAGAAAGAACCAUUACAAAUAAACAAAAUAUCAGGCAACAACGAUUAACUAGGUAUGUGAAGUACGAGGUUGGAAACGAGGGGGGUUACGUUUUUAUUGUGCACGGGCAAAUCCGGGCGGGACAGUUUUAUAAAAUGUAAUUUAUAGUAGUACAUUCACUAUAUAAAAUGUAUUUACUUUCAAUUUGUGUUAAUUGAUACAACUCAGAUAGUAUACAUUAUACAUAAAAACUGGUUAGCCACAUAGGCAUAUAUGAUAUUAUAAUACUUAUAAUUACAUUUCAAUUUAGUCCUUUUUUUAUUAAUGCGGUUAUAAGUGCAUUCAUUAUUUGUACCGAAUGUGAAUGCAUUCACUUUUUAAAUUAAUGUCCCAAACUCUGACUCUCUCGCAUCACUUCGCCGCAUUUAUAUUAUCUAAACGAUUAUAUAACUGUCAUUUAGUUAUAGGUUUAUUACUAUAUUUUAAUGUGUGCAAAAUGAAUUUUCAAAAACAGAUUUUUGCUUUGAAAUAUGAAAUCGAAACCACGCGUUUGACUAGGUGAAAUCUGUCGAAAAAAAACCCCGUUCAAAUGUUAACCUUUUUAAAUAUCUACUUAAAGAUGAAAAAACCAACAUUUUUUUUAAAAACAGAAAUAUCACGUUAAACGGCAAAUUUUAGAAAGAUACAUAGGCAUUUUGUUUUAUAUUGAUAAGCUACUUAUAUGUUAUUAAAUAAAAUAAACCAAUAAUGCUUCAAAAUUGUCUCGGGAAAGUUGUUAUUUUUUAAAUUAUUUAUCUUUAAAACAACAAAAUCAUAUCGAUCAAAAUCGAUCCUGAGCGGAGUUCGGCUAAUAGUGUAGCUUUUAUAAUAUCAUAACAUGGUAAAAAAAAUUGCAUAUCAUGCAAUCAUGCAUUUUAAUUUUUAACAAUAAAUUAAUAAAAAUACCUAUUUUUCCGUUUUUCUACGUUUUUUUCCGGUUUUCUCAUGUUUUUCCGGCUUUUCUCAUUUAGUGGGAAAACUCUUGGAAAUAUCAAAAUAUUACCUACUUAAAGUACCACCAAAGUCAGAUUUCCUUUCGGAAAAAGUGCUACAGUUUUAAAUCGGAACAAAAUUGCUGGUAGAAAAGUUAUCCACAGAAAAAAAAAUAAAUAUUGUAAUUCCAAUAUAUUCCCCGUUCCACUCAGAAUCUAAAAGUGUAUGGCACACCUGAGUUACCAACUGUCAACCGAUUUGAAUUAAUGUACAAGACAAAAAAUUGGUAUGAAAAGUCCUUAUUUAAAAAAUCUUCUGAAAAUACAACUUUUAAAAUAUAUAUACGUCAUUUUAUAAUUAUUGUAUACAACCGUCGCUGAUCAAUGAAUGAUAAUAUUAAUUUGAUUGUAUAUUUCAUAGAGUUUUCAUAGUAGUUGAUAAAAACCAUUCAUAUUUCACUCUAUAAUACAACAUAAGUUUUGUGGAUGAACGUUAGUCGAACGUGAUCAAUUGAAGUUUCAUGUUUUUAUAAACAACAUAAACAAGCCCCACGGGAGUCUAUCGAAAUUAUUUUUAUUUCAACGGCAAACAUUAUAUUUUCCGUCGGAGUUUGAAUAACAAACAAAUACGUAUCUAGUGGUGCCGUUAGUUGAAUCCACUAGUUUUCAAUCAGAAAAGAUUUCGACUGAAUAAAUUUUUUUAAAAACCCCAAAAAUAUGAUUUAUAGUGUAUGGUUGAAAUAUCACAUAAUUUGUUUUACAACGGACAAAUUACAAUGACUAAAUACAAAAACUAUUGAGUAUACCUACCCAGCUACUCAAAUCACCAAGAUCACCGGCAAAACAGUGAAACGUCAACAUUUAUUUUUCUGCAAAGACCAACUAAAAAUAAUACAAUAUUCGAAUAAUAUUCAUUACCUAAAACUUAAUUAUUGUCUUGCGUACACUCUAAAUUUAAUUUAACUUUGAGUCAAGUACAAUAAUUAAAAUACUGGGAUGUAUAACUGAUUAGUGAUUAAUUAAUGGAGCUCUGAAUUUAUGUUUUUAUAGCGCUUAUUUAAUAUAUUAGUUUGAAUAAUAUGGUAUCGCAUUAAAAUAUUAUAAAUACGAAACUUUGUUCAGAUGUUUGUUAACCCUUCACGCCAAAACUGUUGAACGGGCUUCGAUUAAAUUUGACAGACAAGUAGAAUAUGUUCUAGAUUAACACACAGGAUACUUUUUAUCCCAAAAUUCAGCUCUUAAAGAGUGGCUGGCAAAAGGCUUUUGAUAGUAUUGGAAAGAAAACCUUAUUAUUUUUGUUAACUUACGGAUUACUUUGGUGUUACGGAUUAAAAAGAAAAUGGUUAUUAUUAUUACCUAGUUGAUUCGGUUGAAAUGGAGAAAGAAGUGCACCCUUUCCAAAAAAAAAAUAUAUUACCAGGUGACAACGAUUAACUUUGAUAAGUAUGGAGGGGAAACCAGUUUUUUUAUUUUAGAUUCUGAGUGGAGCGAAGAAACUUAUAGUUUUACAAAGGUAUUUAUUAUUUAUUUUUUUUAUCUGUGCGCAACUUUUCUAAAAGGAAAUCUGACUGGAAAGAUAGUUUAGUAAGGUUAGUUUUUUUUAUUUUCUCUGUAUUUUUCUAAACAAAUGAAAAAAACCCGGGGUAAACGGGAAAAUGUACGAAAUGUAGGUAGUAGUUGAAAAAUAUGUCGGCCUUUUUUUCCUGUGAACAAUUUUUCUACAAGUAAUUUUUCUCCGAUCUACAACUAUAACUCUUUUUCUGAAUGGAAAUCUUAAUGGGAAGGUACUUUAGGGAGGUCAUUUUUUUGAUUUUCUCAAGAGUUUUCUCAGAAAAUGUGAAAAACCAGGGAAAAAUGGAAAACCAAGAAAAACAUAAGAAAAACGGGAAAGUCAGUACAUUAAACAAAUAUUAUUAAAGAAAAUAAAUAAUGCCUAUUUAAUUAUUUUACCAUAAAAUGGCUUAUAUAUUGUUGACAAAGCAUCACUAUCAACUGAACUCCGCUCAGAAUCGUUUUUUUGUAAGCAAUGAUUUAUCGUUGCUUACAGAUAUACAUUAAGUUAACUAUAACAGCGGCUACACCUGUUAUCCUAGAACAGCUUUUUAUAUUCGUUCAAUAUUAUGCACCUCACCGAGUCAAGAACCCGAAAUUUCACACAUAUGUCUCAUAGUGAACCACCAUAAGCAACCACCAAGAAAGGAUUUAUUCAAAAUUCAAUUCCUAAUAAAAAAUAAUACAUUUUUAAAAAUAUACGGAAAACAACGGUUAACUGCAGCAAUUAUAGGCACGAGAAUGAAAACAGGGAGUCACAAGUAAACACGUUUUAAUUUGUUUACAUUAUUUGUUUUCGUUCAAUAAUAUAAUAUUAUGUCUUGUUAAUUAAUUGGUCUGAUUUAUAUACUUAAUAGUUAUACGACUUCAAUUAAUUUAAUUUGUUAAACUCUCUAACGAAUUGACAAAUUUAAUAACAAUAAGUAUAAUUUGUAUAGUGAUGGCAAAAUCAUACGAAUUAUCCGUCCAAAACGCGUUGGCACUCCAAGGAAACGUGGCCGCAUUUAAAUGUCAAUCACCCGAGUUGACUAGUGAACAUUUGCUAAAAACGUGGUUCAAAAUGGAAGAUUCCAGGAUGGAAGUCGGCCAAUCCAUGCCCAUAAAUCCCGGAGGACGUUACGUGAUCGCGUUGGACGGUACUCUACUCGUUCACGAUGUAGUGCCCGAGGACACGUUCGAUAGAUAUUUCUGUCAAGUGGUCAACAAGUACACCGGUGAUCAAAUAGUCAGUCAACCGGCUAAGAUAGUAAUCAAACAACCGACCGAGGACUCAGCACCGGUCAUUACACACCAUACGGAAAAUGUACAUGUCAAAGUCAACCAAGCGGCCGAUUUACUGUGCUUGGCCGAAGGAUUUCCUCCGCCCACAUACAAGUACAUAUAGAAUAAUAUAUAUUAUACCUAUUAUUUAUACUAAUUGUAUCACGGUACAGUGUAUAUAUAUAUAUAUAUACAUUUAACACAAUUGGGCAUUGAUGAUUCGGCUUCUGUUGUUCCUGACAGGUGGUUCCGGAAAAAUCAGGAGAGCGUACAAGAAAUAUCUAUAGAGUCGCUGACCGUGCAUCCCUAUCAAUCGUUACUACACAUUAUCCGAGUCCCGAUGAGCGAAUACGCCGUUACGUACGAAUGUGUCGUUUCCAACAAGCUCGGUCAAGACAAACGUCAAAUUUUACUAUCGGCCACAUUACCGUUCGCCGUUAGUGCGUACCCGUUGAAACAAGUUAGUGUCCUGGCCGGUUAAAUAUUUUAUCGGCGUACUGUUCUUUUGGUUUGUUCAUUUCGCGUAACAAAUCACCCGUUCGUCAUUUGCACAGGUGGCCGAUUCUGGUUCAACUGCCAUUUUCAACUGUACCACCCAGGGUACGACGAUUCAGCCGCUUUUUUCGUGGCUCAAAGACGGCACGCCGAUCCGAAGUUUCGGCAGAUACGAACUAUCGCAUAAAGGCAACCACUUGACAAUACACAACGUGAUGAAAGGAGAUAAAGGCAUUUAUCAGUGUCUUGCCAGAGAUCCGGAGACGGACGAAACCGCUCAAGCCAGUGUUCUUCUGUCACUCGGUGGUAUUUAAAACAUUACCAUUAUUAACUACAUGUAUAUUAAACAAAUGCCACUCGUCGAAACGACACCCAUUCACAUAAUAGUUUAUUUCAGCUGUAUCGCCGGAGUUGACGGAUAUCUUUCACGACCAGGUUAUCCGAACGAACGGUUUUCUAUCUCUGAAGUGUACGGCUUCCGGUAAUCCUCCACCAAGGAUUUUUUGGUAUCUCGACGGAGGACUCAUAAUGCCCCAAGGCGAUUAUGUGUUCGGCAGCUAUAUGCACGUUGAUGGUAAUAAUUUCCAUAUAUUUCCAUUUAAAUGUCCUUCCAAUGUAACGCGACGUUUAAUUUUUGCAUUGUUAAUAUAUAGGAAAUGUUGUUAGCUACUUAAACGUAUCGAUCGCCGAAGUACUGCACGGAGGUUAUUACACCUGUUUGGCACGGAAUAUAUUAGGAUUGAAAUCUCAUUCGGCGAUGGUUAAGAUUUACGGUACACACAACGAUUGAACACUGCAGAUUUAGACGGGUGACGAUAGUGUUAUAAUAAUUGUAUCGAAUAUUAUUUCAGGCAAUCCUAUUGCAAGACCACCGUCAAAUCUUACCGUACGUUCCGAAGACGACGCAUAUCUCCAAUGUCCCGUCGCCGGUUACCCAAUCACCCGGACGGUUUGGCAAAAGAACAUGGUGUCGAUUCCCAAUGAUUCAAGGCACACAUUAUUUGAAAACGGAACUUUUUUCAUACGUUCCACACAAGACACUGUGGAUUCUGGAUUAUACGUGUGCACGAAAAUCAACGAAGUCGGGCAAUCCGCCACGGGAAAUCUUUAUUUAAGAAUAAUGAGUAAAUAUACACCUAUUUCAAAUUGUUAAUUACGGGUUUUAUAAUGUUUUAUACAAACGCCAAACUUUAUUCACAGAACCACCGAUCGUGACACCAUUUCAAUUUACAAAAGAUCUUCAAGAAAGUGAACGCGCCCAAGUGUCGUGUACGAUCAAAUCAGGAGAUCUUCCGAUGGAAUUCGUGUGGCGCAAAGACAACAGGGUAGUAUCGACCGAUAACGAAAUAGAACUGCAAAAUUUCAGAUUUUCUAGUACUUUAAUGUUCAGUAAUUUAAAACCGCAACAUGCGGGUAUUUACACUUGUAUUGUAAGUAAUUCGGUAGCCAGCAGUAACUAUUCGGCUUUACUAAACAUCAAAGGUAAAGUGUAUUCGAUUACACACUAUUCUCUAUAGUUUAUUGAUUAAUAUUUUAUAAUAUAUUUAUAUUUUCAUGCAGUCCCUCCAAAAUGGAUUGUUGAACCGGAAGACACGGCUGUCUUAGACCACCAGCCGACAAUAAUAAAUUGCCAAGCUGAAGGAUAUCCCGAGCCAAAAAUUACAUGGACCAGAGUAUCAGGUUUAAUAUUUUAAUAUAAUACGUUUAAUGCACUUAAACUUAUAUACAUUUGUUUACUAUUUAUAUUUUCUUACACAGACAACAGACAAUUACAAUCAGUCAAUCAUUUCUCAACGAUAACAAUAAAAAAUAAUGGUUCAUUAUCUAUUCAUCUCACGACCAGUUCACAUGAAGACAACUAUACAUGCACCGCAGAUAAUGGAAUAGGACAUCAAUUAUCGAAAACAGUAUCCCUAAAAGUCCACAGUAAGUCUGUAAAGAGUUUUUUUUUUUUAAGUAAAAUAAAAUGAAAGACUUUCAAUUUCCCCCUAAUUGAAGUUUACAUGUGUACGAUUUUUUUUUUUUGUAUAUCUGCGAACAACUUUCUAAGAAACAUUUACAGAAAUAACGAUUUUAUAAUUUCCAUUUUUUGGUGUAAUUUGGUUAAAAAUAAUCGUAGAACCCUGAAAUAUUGAAUAAUUAUUUCGACGACAUUAAAAUAAGAAUCUAUAUAAUAAUUUAUUUCUAAAGUAAAAAAAAAAAAACAAUAACAAAUACUAUAUAGUAUGCUUAUAUUACAAUAUUGUCUAUAGUGGUUCAAAACUAACCCCUCCCUCCCCUUCAAAAAAAAAACUAAAUUUAUUUAAUUAUGCAUAUAAAUAAUAAAAUUUAAUUUAAUUCGCAUACAUUUUAAUAAUAUGUGAACUUCAUAGUAAACGCACCUAUUUUUUCGCAGUUCCAGCUCGUUUCAAAGAAAAAUCCAUAAAUAAAAGUGGGGUGGUCGGGAGCAGAGUGGUGUUGACGUGUCAGGCAGAAGGUUCAAAGCCUUUGAACAUUGAAUGGAACCCGUCCGGGGAAAACAUCCACACCAGAAAUACACACAAAGGAUUAAUAUCGGAACUCUAUUUGAAUUCUUUACACAGUAGUCAGACGGGAACGUACACUUGCAUGGCAUCCAAUUCUUACGGCUAUGAUCACAUGACGAUUAAUCUCGUGGUUCGAGGUGAGGCACUGAAACGUUAUUGUUAUACCUAUAUUUUUUUUCGUCAAUACGUGACAUAAAUUAAUAUAUCGAUUUCAGAACCGCCGGAAACUCCGAGGCAACUGAAAAUGGUGGCCACUGGUACCAGGUGGCUAGAAUUUCGUUGGGAUCCGGUGAAAGUGCACGUGACACAUUACAUACUACAAAUGUGCAUAAACUUAUGUACGGAUUGGUCGAACUACACCAUCGGCGGGAGUCUGUCGUACAGCAAAAUAUCAUAUUUAAAACCUGCGACAAUAUACACGACCAGAGUCGUGGCGAUAAACGAUUUUGGUUCGAGUAACCCGAGCCCCAACACUACCGUCACAACUCUGGAAGAAGGUAAUGAACCAUAAACUAUUAAUUAUUAUUAAAAUAUGACGUAUUAUAUAUUUAUCAAUAAUACCCGUUACAGAACCUAGCGCUCCUCCGAAUAACGUAGAAGGAGUGGAUAUCGAAACGAAUCAAAUGAAGAUUCGAUGGAAAGUAAGUUACUGAAUGUUUUGGGCUAUAUAAUGGGAAUACAAAAUAAUAUUAAUCUUUAAAAAAAAAUAAUAAAAAAAAACCGAUACUGUUGAUCAAGCAAACCGUUGCCACUAUUGUAGACGGGAAGUUGGGAAAGUAAGAUUCAUGGAGUUGUUUAAAUUACAUCUGUACGCAAAACACAACGCUAAAUCACGAUUUUGAGCAAAGUUUGAUUAAACAUGUUUUUAAAUCCCUGAUUUUACGAUUUUGGUUAAAAUAAAAUUUUAUAAAAAAAAACCAUCUACUAUAUGCUCACCUUUUUUUUCCCCAUUAUAUACAACAUAUGAUAAACCUUUUGUAAUAGUUUUUAAAUAUUUCUAAUCAGCCAAAACAGUUUUUUUUCCGAGCAGUUAUACAUUUUAAUAUACGUACUAUAAUACUUGCAAUAUAAUUUAAGAUGAAAAUGAGGAUUAGAACUUGUAUAAAGUUUGAAUAGUACCUACUACCUCGUAUUUGUGUUCCCAUAAAUAAUUUGUCAAUGAUAGUUAUUAUGAUUUACUAUUAUUUUGGUUAAUAAGAUAAUUAAUUUAUAAUUUAUCAAAUAGCUAAAGUAAUAAAUUAUUAUGUCCAAAGUUGAAACUAUGCACCUACCUAUAAUAGGUCCAAAUAUUUUAAUUUUCGUUUUUCACAAUUUUAGAUAAUAUAUUUCUGUUAAUCUUAAAUUUUUUAUUUUUACCAGAAUAUUAAUAAUAUUUACAAUCAUAAUAUAAUGUGUUAUUAAGAUUAUAAUAUUAUAAACUGCAUAUAUUACUAUAAAAUGAUAAAUCAAAAUAAAAUCAAGACAAAAUUGCAUUAUUUUUGAAAUGUAGAGUUUUGAAAUAUUUAUAGUAAAAUAAACAAUUUAUUGAAAAAAAAAUAUUCAGAAAAUUAUUUGUUGAGUUUGAAAAUAAAUAAAAAUAGGUACCAUCGAUUAGUUGGAAAAUUAAAUAUUUACAAUAUAUUCUAAACCAUGAAGAUUUUUUUAUGGAAAUUUCAAAAAUAUUACAACGAUUUUCUUGCUUUUUCCAUUAGCCUCCGGAUGAGGAAACGUGGAACGGGCAAAUACUCGGUUAUAAAGUAUCCUAUGUGGAUGUUAAUGAAAUCGCAGAAAUAUAUACAAAGACGAUACUCGGGUUUGAACGCUGUGAGGUCCAGAUAACCAACCUUAAGCCGUUUGCGACUUACAGGAUUGCGGUACGAGCUUUCAACAGCAUAGGGUCCGGGCCAGAUUCGGAUUUUGUACUGGUGACGACCAGCGAAGGAGGUAAAUAAAUUAAUUGUUCACGUAUAAUCAUUAGCAAUGCGUUCAAUAAAACCUGAUUUAGACUAAUAGUGUCCAGAAGUGACUAGUUUAAUUUUGAGAGAUCUCGUAUUUUCGGCCGUUAAUACGUAUUUCUUGUCGAUUAAUGUCCUAUUAAUUAACAUUUAAAUAACAUUGAGAGUAAUAAAUUGAAAUUAAAAAUAAUAAUGAUUAAUAUUAUAGCUCUUUACGAGACCUCUUUUGUGCUAAAUUUCUCCAGCCCCUAAAUCUGUAAAUUAAGCUGUCGUAUUUAGUACCUAUCAUCAUGAUUCAUGCAUGACGUAUUACUCUUUUCAGUGCCCGACGAACCUCCGGAAAACGUCCAGUGUUCGCCGUUGACCGCGGAAUCGUUGCGCAUGACCUGGAAUCAACCGCCAGCACAUAGCCACCACGGCAUUAUAUUGGGAUACAAAAUACACUAUAAAAAAGUAAACCCAGUAUCAGGUAAGUCAUCAAGUAAGGACUUGACAAGGAACUCCCAUAAAGGAGGAUACCCCUCUAGAAUAGUUAUAGUACAGACAUUUUGUUAACAAAUUUUACGUAUAAUGGAUCCGAAAUUAGCAAAAUUAUUUGAAGUCAACGCCAAAUUUUAUGAGCAAAAAUAAACUUAUAAUUGUAUACUAACUAUGUAUAAUAAAUAUACACCUCCCCUUUUCCAAUUGGUGGUUUGGUCCUAUAUUUCGUCCUUGGGAAUUAAAUCAGUUCGUCAGUGGUCCAAACUAUCUGUUAACAUAACCGCCUUCGUUUUAGGAUCGUUCGUUUUGAACGAAAUGAAGAAAACGACUGCUUUAGAAACAAAUCUACACGGACUAGAAAAAUACACCAAUUACAGCGUGCGGAUUUUGGCGUUCACAAAAAUCGGCGAAGGCGUGCAAUCCAGUCCCGUCUACUGUUUGACCGAGCAGGACAGUAAGUGAUUUAUACUUAUCUAAAAACGAAUAAGCUGUUUGGACGAAAAACACUCGCAAUAAACGAAAAACCCACGAAUAAAACACACCAUCAUCUUUAGUGAAAAUAAGGACUGUUAUUUUGUUUUUUGAUAACUAAUUAUUUGCUUGUUCAAAAACUAUUUAUUAGUGGAAUAAACCCUCGUUCAAACGGUAUAGUGUAACCUUCCAUCCAAACAAACUAAAUUUCAAAUCAAUUUCAGCCUUCCUCCACCGAAUUACUUAUUUAUAAUCGUAUUUCUCGUUCCAGUUCCCGGGCCUCCGGACAACAUAAAAGCGCUGACCGUUACAUCCAGCAGUAUUCUCGUAUCUUGGACUCCGCCAAAACAACCUAACGGUGUCGUCAUCAAAUACACCGUGUAUGUGAAACAUAAUAAGGUACGAUGAGUGAUUGAGUGCCUAUAAACUAUACGAGUUAAAUAAUUUUAUACGCUGUCAGUCGUUGGUAGAAAUCUAACAAUCAUUGAGUUGUAUUACGGUUUCAGGUCGUGGACAAAGAAAUUGUAUUUGGCGACAAGAGUUCGAAAAUUGAAGUGAGACGUCUCAAAGAAUUUCAGCGGUAUGAGUUCUGGGUGACUGCCACAACCAUGAAGGGCGAAGGGCAGCCCAGUUUCCGGGUGAACCAGAGUCCGAAUUCUAGAGGUAAGAAUCAGAUCUCUACGGCACGAAAAAUAAUGCAGUGUAAUAUGGUUUAAAUAAGAGGAUGUCAGUAUACUAUUUUUACUGUCUCUUCCCUUUGCCCCGCUCACAAAUAGAAAAUUUGCGUUCAACAGAAUCAAACUUUUGUUUUCAGCUUGAGAAUCGGAAUUAUGCAAGUUAUAAAAAUGUAAAAUAUUACAGUUUAAAAAUGCUCAUAUGUAGUUUUAAAAUUGAAAUGAUGUAAAAUAUAAGGGCAGACAUACUUCACACGGCCACUGUUGUAGGUGAGAAGUUGGGAAGGUAAAGGGGAAAUGUAAUGCAUAUUUAUACGAAACGAUUAACCGUUAACCUAACGAAAAACGAUUCUGAAAAGAGUUCAGUUAACAGUGUUGAUAAUAUAUAUAUAUAAUAUAUACGUAUAUCAUAUUAUGGUAAAAUAAAUAGUAAUUACAUGUGCAUUAUAUAUUUUCUUUAGUAUUAUUUGUUUAAUAUUGUAUCUAUUUUCCCACUUUUCCUACGGUUUUUCCCAGUUGUUUUUAUAAUAAAUACAAAUAAGAAUUUCUUAUAGUACCACGCCAGUCAGAUUUUCUUUCAGAAAAAGUACUAUAAUUGAAAAUUGAAGCAAAAUUGAUGGUAGAAAAGUUGUUCACAGAUAAAAAAAUAAAUAAACAUCAUUAUAAUAAUGACAAUAAUUAUCAAAACCAAUACAUUCCUCGCUCCACUCAGAAUCUAAAACCAACGCACAACCAUGUAUAAUGUUCUGAACUUUAGGUUUGAUUGAUUCACUCUAAUACUUAAGCUAAUUAGAUGAGUUUAAUUCUAUGGAACGCAAAUUUGCUAUGUUGCGCGUGGGUCAGAGAAAGAAAAAAAAGUAGUGUGCUGACAUCCUCUUAACGAAAUAUCAUAUAUUGUGCUGUAGCGCCCGCCAGGGUGGCGUCUUUCGGCGAACACGUGAACGUCGUGGUUGGAUCGAAGUGCGUGAUCGAGUGCCACAGGGUGGGCAUGCCCACGCCGUCUGUCGAAUGGAACGAGCCGAAAGGCACCAAGACCAAGUGAGUCAGAUCGAUCGAUUCGGUCGCAGUCGAAAAUUGACUAUGUGGUUUUUUUUUUUUUUUCAUCGCGUUCUUAUUAGGGUCCUCUCGGACGGCAGCCUGUCUGUUGGUCCCGUAGACGACAGCUCGUACAAAGGCAACUACACAUGUCACGUGGAGAACAUAUUCGGCAAGGAUUACAUAUCGUAUACGAUCAACGUGCUGUACCCGCCAGCCGCCCCGGACUUCCAAGUGGACGUGAUUUCGACCAGCGCCCUGUUGGUUCAGUGGAAACCGGUCAAACAACCGGACGCCGUGACUACGUCCUAUGUAAUCUUCUAUCGAACCGACGACGAACAGCCACAGCGGGUAGACGUCGAUUCGGACCGGUUCACGUACACUGUUGACCGGCUUAAGUGCGGGUCCAAGUACACCGUGACCAUGCGCACAAUGAACACGGUUGGCGUCAGUGGUGACAGUCCCGUCACAGAGGUUUUCACCAAAGGCGGAGGUAAGCAUACAUAAGCCAAACCCUGUUCGACAGAAACCAAUAUAUUAUCUAUUUCACUAAUAAUACAGUUUAACGGGCAUCUGAAACUAUAAAAACGCUCGAAUAAUGAAUUUAUUACUUAUAACGUGAUUACCGUCAUCGGAGAGGAGGAGGGGAGAGAAACCAUUAAAAUAUAUUAAUAAAAGGAAUGGAAUUGCACGUGUGUGAAACCCAUAAAAACGGACAGUCUCUACGUGACGAUAAUAAUAAUACGAUGUCGGUCAAUUUCGAAUACCUUUGCGCGGCAGGAUCUAGCGAAAUGAGAUCGUCGGGAGCGGGAGGGAUGACGUCGUUAGGACUUCGUUCCGGAAAUCGAUGUUUAACGUUCCACGCUAAACCCAAUCAUUAGACUACUCUAUAUAAUAUAGGUACUCACCUAAAAUGCCGGUUGCCCAAACCGUUUUCCGAAUGGAUGGGAAGAGUCUAUUUCCAGGAGUUAUCCGUUUCCACCAAAAACGCUGAUAUUCAUUUCCGCCAAAUCACAAAAUUGGUCGAUUUUCUUUUCUACUAAAACCGUACCUUUCCCUUUUUCGCAAAAUAACAACAAUUUAAUCUAAUAUUUGAAUAUUAAUGUAUGAUUAUAUCAUCCAUUUUUAUUAUUGUGUUAUAAAAUAAAUUUCAAAAUGUUCACAAAAAAUUGUUCUACAUGGGUGAUAAAAUUAAAUUAAAACUAUAAAUUCUUAUUUACAAUAAUUAUAAGAUAUUUUUUUUACGAAGUUGUAUGUGAAAAUUUAAAAGAAUAAAAGUAUAUACAAAUAUUUAUAUUAAAUUAAAUUAAAUUUUAAUGUAUAUAAUUGGCCAUAUUUAAAUAUUACACUAAAUUUUUUCAUUUGGCGGAAAAGGGAAUCGACCAAUUUUAUAAUUAGGCGGAAACGAGAAUGGUACGUUUUUGGCGGAAACUGAUUAUGCUCGUACACGAAUUGAGUGUCCGUUACUAUACCUAUAUUUCCGUCAAAUUUUUAUUUUAAAACACGUUUAUAUAUAUACAAAAAAAAAAAAACUAUUCAAACUUUAGAUUUUUUAUUAUUAAGUAAAACUUAUAAUGAACCUCGUAUUAAAUUUGCCAGAUGGUCAAACAAUUGUAUGCGCGUAAUAUCUACAAAAUAAAAAAAAUUUUUAAAAAAAACCGUUGAAUGUCUAAAAAUAGUGUUGCGGGCGUAUUUUUAAACUCAGAGUCAAGUUCAAAUCAAAUGAGUAGACGCGAAACCUAACAAUUAACGUUUAAAACUAACUUGCGUUUUUAAUUCAACUUAAUUCAAGGUAUUACAUCUUAGGGCGUUCACCUCCUAUUUAACGGAAUCGUUAAAUUUAAUAAUUAAAAAACGUCCGAAAACUCAACAAUUCUCAGGUUGACUAACAUUACCUAACCUAUAACUAAAAUUUGGUGUCGUGUUGGCAGUGCCCAAAGAACCUGACAAGGAUGCGGUGCUGUCAGUGAACUCGACCAGCGCCACGUUCACGUUCAGCUCAUGGCCGACGCAAAUGUGCCCAAUACUUUCGUUCACGUGCCAGUACAUGGCUCGUGGCAACCACGGAGCUGGUGUGUGGGUGAAAUUUCCCAGGCAAAACGUGGCUGGCGACACGUUCACGAUAAGUCGUCUAAAACCGGCCUCCGUCUACACCGCUCGCGUGUCCGUUCACACCGAAGCCGGCGAUACGUCGUGGGAACGCACGUUCGCCACCCGCACCGAAUCCGGCGGUGAGUAUUUACCUACUGAUUAGUCUACAACGAUCAUCGGUUAUGAAGUAUAUAGGUUCAUAUGCGUAACUUAGAACGUUAUCGGGGGUUUUUAUAUCAGUACCCCCCCACCCACUAGUUUAAAAAAAAAGUCCCUUUACUCGAUUAACCGAAAAGAAUACUCUAUAUUCCGAGGUCCCGUAGUAUCCGCCAUUUUGGAUUCUGUAUUCUAAUUUGAGUUUUUUCUAUUCGAUCAAACAAAUGAUUGACGUCAAGAAUUUCAGUUUCCGCCUUAGUCGUAUUUUAUAAUCGAAAACGCGUUUUGAAAUCUGUGUGUUGUAGAAUAAGUCGGAAAAAAAAGCGUUGUUUAUAAAAAAUUUUAUGAUAAUAAACACCCAUUCUUCCCGAGUGUUUUGGGUCUAUAGGAUUGGUCCACAAGGGAAGCUCAUCUACAAAUGUAUGUUGUGGCACUUCUAAGCAACCCCGCAUAUGUGAACUGAUGAAAUGAGACGACCGUUUCGAGAGUAUUAAUAAUUUUUUUUUUCUUCCAGGUGUAGUACCGUUUGAAACUGAUUACAUCGACGGCGAUGGCGCGGGUGAAGACGACCACAUCGGUGGCCUGAGCUUACCGAGUUUUGCUCAGUUGCAUAAAUACGUGCCAGCUGUAUCUGCGAUCGUUUGCAUCGUAUCGUUUUGCGUCUGCAUAUGCGUCGUGAUUCAAAGGAGGUAAAAACCAUUUUUUUUUUCUUUUAAUUAAAAUUUUUCGAAUUACGAUUAUACAAAAGUAGAUACAUCGCAUUUCAUGUUAUGCGAUUUUUCUUUCAAGAUCAAAAACGAAACCCAUAACUUAUGUACGAAAUCUCGAAGAAGAAUAAGGCGUAUUUAUCAAGAAUCUGGUUUUUAUUUGAAAAAAAAAAAAAUGUUUACUUAAAUGUAAACAAACCUAGUUUUGAAUGGUAGACGAUUUAAAAAUAAUAUAUCAAGGAAGUGACGGCCGGCUUGCUUCUAUUCUCAAGGUCUCUCUGUAAUGUUCCCAUUUUUGUUUUGUUGCUAAAAACUGCUCGAGGACUUUGUUUAUACCCUCAUUGUUAAAACGCUAUUCUAUACAUAAACCAUCGGAUUUGUUCAGAGUCUACAAAACAAAAUUCACAUCGCUACGCUCAACUAUGAUAAUACAAUCAUAAUGCAAUAAACAACAGACCCAAAGACAUAAUAAAAGUACUAAUUGAAAACUGUUAUCACUAAUUUAUAAUAUUUUAAAACCUUCAUCUGAGUUUAAAGAAAAAACGAUUGUUCGUAUCAUCAUUGUUCAAUAUUGUGAAACAUACCUAGGUAUUAGUUUUACAUAAAUAAUUUAUGUUUACAAGUGCCACUCGACUUUGCUUGGUGACGAUAUUACGAUAAUAUUAUGCACAAGGCAAAUUAUGUAACUACCUACUCGUAUACGGUUUAACGUAAUCACGCGAGUUUUCGUCACACGAGUGUCCCGAGUACAUACUUACACGCGAGCAUUGUGACGGUGUAGAUAGAUAGGUACCUACUUAUAUCCGGGUUUCGAGUCUACUGCUUCCCAAAAGAGGAUAAUUAAUUCGAGGGUCUUUGUUUAAGUGGACAAAAUAAAGCCGAGUCGUUUUUUUUUUUUUACCUCGACGACAAAACACGUGACAAAAUGACAAAAUAUCUAAGAUUAAGUGUGCGUGUGUGAUUAUAUAGGUUUUAGGUAUAUAGCCGAUUAAAUAAAAUACCGACAUUGCAAAACGCGGUAUACUGCAGUCAAUUGGAAAAAAUCUUAGAUUUUCGAUUUGAAUUUCGGAACUGUUUCGAUAUUACAGAUGUCCACUACCGCGAUUAUUGAUAGGUACUAUGGUUGCCCGCCGGUCUAUGAUAAAGUGUCACCGAAUUAAAUCCAGUAGUCACGAAAAACUUGCGCGCUCCACGCGGAUUUUUACUAUAUUGUCACUGUAGCGCGGCGUAAAAUUUGCGGAAUUUCUCCACUCGACAUUUUUUCGCACCGUCCCACAAACGCCAGCAGUUUGAAAACCAGCCUAUUCGUGUUAAUUUUAUUCGAUUUUCAUUUUAUGACAAUCUGAUCGCAGGCCGACCGGCAACAAUAUAUCAUAGUAUAUACAAUCGUGUCCACUGUCCGGAACCAAUAAAAAUUUAAUUCUGUGCUCGGUCUUGACAGGAAUAAAGACGACGGCCCGCGGCGCCCGUCCAGGAGUGACGGCGGUGACGGUGGCGUUGGUGGCCCGAUGGCCGAGAUGAGAAAGUCCAGCUACGAAGCGGACAGGCAGAUCGAGUACGCGACGUCCACGUUGAGGAAGAACAGGAACGGGCCGGCCGCCGACAAAGGAUGCACGGGCGGCAAAUCCGUUGACUACGACGUGUGCCCGUACGCCACGUUCAGCGUGAUGCAGACGGCGGCGCCGGCGCCGCCGCCGCCGCCGUCGUUGCCGGGCAUCUGCCACGGCAGCCGGACGCCCACGCAUCACAGGGCGCUCAGCCAGACCGACUGUUACGAGACGCCCGACCACCACGUCCGCGGCCUGAUCGACAAGUCGUACGGUGAGCGGUCCCCGUCCGUCUCCGUCACACAUAACCUAACCUAACCAUACAGUUAAACGCUCGUCUCCCGGAAACACGUAGUCAACACGUGCUGUCAGAACGGUCGCUCGUUAUUAGCCACCCGAUACGUAACCGUGCGUUUUAAAUAGGUACCCGUGCUUAUCGCCGCCAUCAACGCGUCGAUGGCGUUUCAGUGAAUUAACACGGAAACGGUUUGCUCUGCGACACUAUUGUUCGGACCCCGACUGUCGAGGCGCGCAUUUUCCCACGCGACGCAUAGCGACGUGGUUCGGCGCGGUACAUCAGCGUUUGUUUUCGAUAAAUAUAUUAUCGAGUUUUUUUUUUUUUUUUUUUUUUCCGAUUAUAAUUCCGAUAUGAGCGAGUGUAUGACGGGGGGAGGAGGGGGGGGGGGGGGGGGGGGGGGGGCGAACGGCCAAAUACGAAUCGAUAACGCACUUAUUUGUCGAUACGUGCAUAUCGGGUGGAUCAUAACGAACCGCGAGUCCGAAACCGGGUGCGCCGUUUGUUGAUAUGCGUCCCAGAAACGUCCGUUUAACGAGUUCCGUUAGUUGCAUAAUCGGGAAGAACACGAUUGCCGUAUGUUUUUCGAUAAAUUAAAGAAUACUUAAACGAAAAAUAAAAUCAACACGGUUGCGUACGAAUUUCGUUUUUGGCGGAAAAGGGUUAUACUGAUAUUAGCGAACCGGUUUUUUGACAGAUAAGGACUAUUCUCACUAGAGCCCUGCGCAGACCAGACCAGCCUAACUCAACCCGAUCUGAAGUCAGAUUGAGAUGGUUCGGACCUACCCAUUUUUCGGACCGGAUCAGUUCGGACUCGUAAAAUAAUUCAUAAAUAGUAGGGAACGGAUUUGUAUACACUUAAAAUUCAUAAAAAAAAGGGCUUAAAAACGUGAUAAAAACCCUCAAAAAAAUCACUUAAAAAUAUUGAAGAGUGCAAUAAAGGUGGAGGGUUUAAAAGUUGCCAGAUCUUCGUAUCACAUUGGAUUGGGUCGGACUGACUUAAAAUUUCUGCCGAGUCGAAUCGGAUUCACUUUAGACGGUCCGUGCUGGGCUCUAAUGUCCACAGACACAAUACAGUUUCUAUUCUAGAAGAAAAUUCAACAAAACGGUCGAUUUCCGAACAUAUUAUAAUUUCAAACAUUGAACCAAAUGUCAUACAUUUCGGGUAAUACCCCUAACCCCUUCCUAGUUUUAACGUCUGCCGUCUAAUAAAACUACAUUUUUACUGCAAUCAUCAUAAACGGCGGUGCUUCAUCUUGUACUCCUUAACGUAAGCUCGUUCAUAACAAACAGAAUAAAUCGGAACUCAACGCUGGUACUUAAUGAACGCCAAUUACCACUGUAAAUUCUUCCGUUUCUACAUGUCAUACUCUUUUGCUCUCCUUUUUACACUAGUUCACGCUUCUUCAUAUUAUAUAAUGACAUUAAAUAUAAUUUACAAUAAUUAUAUUAUUGUUCGGUUUAGAAAUAUCGUAUAUAUCCAAUCAACAGACCCUUCCGAUGACGUCCGGAAAAUCAUCCCGAAAAGCCGUGGCACCACCCGUGCACUUUAUAACGGCAGCGGACAUUGACGAUGGCGAACAGCGUCGAAACAUGUCAUCGAACACAGUGCGGAAACAGAGUUCAGGUGAUUUAGACAAUUUAACUAUUGUUAUAGGUAAUUUAAUGUAUACCUGUAAGCAACGAUAAACCAUUGCUUACGAAAAAACGAUUCUGAGCUGAAUUCAGUUGAUAGUGAUGCUUUGUUAACAAUAUAUCUAUAUAAUUUUAUGGUAAAAUAAUUAAAUACGCUUUAUAUAUUUUCUUUAAUAAUAUUUGUUUAAUGUUUUACCGAUUUUCCCAGUUUUCCUACGUUUUUCCCGAUUUUCCCAGGUUUUAUCUGUUUUUCACAUUUUCUCGGAAAACUCUUUGGAAAAUCAAAAAAUUACUUCUCUAAAGUACCUCUCUAGUAAAAUUUCCUUUUAUAAAACAUUUCUAUCGUUAGAAGUUGGAGCAAAAUAACUUGAAGAAAAAUUAUUCACAGGAAAAAAAAAAGGUCGUAAUACAUUUUAACUAAUAUCUAAAUUUUUUAAAUUUUCUGGUUUUUUCUCAGUUUUUUUUUUUUUUUGUUUGUUCAAAUUUGAUGAGAAAACUCUAAAAAAAAUCGAAAAAUUACCUUCCAAUGCCGAUUUCCUUUCAGAAAAGGUGAUACACUUAAAAAUCUGAGCAAAAUGAAAAAAAAAUUAAACAUCUUUGUAAAACCAUAGGCUUCUUUGCUCCAUUCAGAAUCUAAAAUGUAUACAUAUAACUUUAGAGAAAUGCAGUUGGACUGUCAAUCAUUCGUGUUAAAUGCAAUGUCAUUAUAAUAACUGAUACGAUUACCUGUCAAUAAUAAUAAACCUUAAUUAUUAAUAUCUUAUUAGGAAUACUUUCAUUUUGUAUUCAGAAUUAAUUUUUAUAAAAAUAAUUGUAAUAUCAUUGUGCUCAUGGGCAUAUUGUAUUUCAAUGAAAGAUAAAAAUUUAAUAAGUAUAAUUAUAUUUAUAAUUUAUAAUGUAGCAGUAUAGAAUAAACAAUUUAAAAUUACAAAUUAAAAACAUUUUUUGAGUUCAAUGAAGAAAUAUUUAUAAUUGUAAUAGAAAAUAUUUAGAAUAAAUGUUCGAAUAUUUUCUUUUGAUAAGACUUAAAAUAGUAUUCGAAUACAAAACAAUUAAAAUUAGAACACUUUUUGCUACAUUAAUAUAUUCUAUACAAAUACUUACAAAAUUACAACACUAAAAACCAAUUACUUUCAUUAUAUCAAAAAAUUUGGAUAUACUGCCUACAUAACAAAUUUGCAAAUACAAAUAUUAAUAUUAUAUAUUUCACAAAAAUAAAUACCUACAUUUUUGGUAAAUGAUUUGAUUAUUUUCUCUUUUUUAGGUAAUGGUGGUUAUAUGAUCUUCAACUAUGAUUAUUAUACCUAGUGAUGGCUAUUUAAUAAAAUAGGUACCUAUUUAUUUUCUAAAUACAGUUUUAACUUUUUGUUGAAUCUAAAUAUUUUUAAAUAUAUACAUGCAUAAUAGUAUAUUAUAUAUAGUAGUUUACAAGUAAACAAUUUUCAAAAUAUAUAUCCAAAUGUACAGAUGAAUAUUUUUAUCUCCUCAGCCUAACUAUGUACUUUGUAAAAUAUUUGUCUUAAUAUGAUUUGUGAUGGUUAAAAGCAUAAAAAAAAUCCGAAAAAAACGUUUAAUAUAUACAAUAAUCGAAAAACACAUUGUAUAUGAAUACAUAAAUUAUGUAUAUUAAGAUAACAAAUAAUUUAAAAAGUAAAGUUACAUCAUUGCCCCAUCUUAACAAUUUUCCUGAAGAUUAAAACUAUAAUGCCAAAAUAAAUAUUUUUCUAAUUUAUAAAAUAAUUGUUUGUAUUUAUAUUAUAAUAUAUAUAGCUUGAACAUAAUUGUACAGGCACUUCUUAAAAUCUUAAUUACACGUUAAACAUAUUUAAUGAAAAUUAUUAACAAUACCAAAAAGCAUAAUGUACAUAAUUCAUUAAGAAGGAAUCAAACAAACCAAUCAUUAAAUUUAAAACAAAUAUAAGAUUAUUUUUUAAAUCAUUAAUUUUUGUAAAUUUUCCUGUUGCGAAAAACCGAAAAAAGGUUUUUCGCAUUUGAUAAGAAAACUCCUGAAAAAUCGAAAAAUGACCUCUCUAAUGUACUACACGUAGUACGACAAUUUUUUUUUUUUUGUGUACGUGUCUUAAAUAGUAUAUACCUAUCUUUAAUCGUGCUAUACCUGGAUGCAUUAAUAUUAGGGUUACCAGAUUUCAAAAUUCAAAAUACGGGACUAAAAAAAUGUCUAUUUCAAAUACAGUGAAAUCUCCCUUAACGGACACCUCCAUAUAAAAUANAAAUCUUUUUUUAAAACAUUAACAGCAUAGGGUAAAAAUACAUUAGUGAUGAUUUUUUUUUUAGUUCUACCAGAAGUAAAUUUUUUCUCAUAUAAUUUACGAACUAACUGAGAAGUACAAUCCAUAGAAUUGAGACUUUGACUGUGUUUACAAGUAUGAUAAGCAAAAAUCCCUUCAUCUGCAGCUGAUUUUUGUUCUUUAUCAGCAAAUUGUGUUUUUGGGGAAAAAAAAUUUGAAUAAUUUUUGUGAUUUAGACGCUCUAGCAGCUAUAUUAUGUCGUUCCGAUUUUAAAUGUUAUGUAAUAUCCGACUUACCACCAUGUUCAAUGCUGAAUGCUGCUCCACACACAAUACAUUCAAUUUUAUAUUCUUGUCCUGGUUUUUGACAUUUUUUUUAAGAAUGUGUAUUCACUUUGUAACUUUUCAUUAAAUGUGCACUUUCUUUUGGGCAUUUUAAAAAUUAAAACUUAACUAUCAUAUUAUUAUGUUAAAAAAACGAUUAUAGACUAAUGUAUAUUACUGUGGUCCGACCAGACUGUGAAUUAUGAUAGAACAGAUAAGAAUAAUAAUAAUUUUCUUAUCGACUAAUCUAUUUUAUAAUAAUAUGCGAAAUGGUAAACAUAAUAUNAAAUUAUAACAAUCUAUUAAUAGAAACGAAAUCGGUAUCGGUCAUAGACCUAUAAAGACCUUCAUAGGUCUAUGGUAUCGGUCGGUAUGGUCAUAUGGUUACAUUAUAAUCUUCUAUUAUCUAUGUGGCCGACGGGUAGUGAUAAUGAAUAACAAGUAGGUAAUUGUUAUCUCAAAACGAAAAAAGAAUACAAUAUAUAAUAUGGGUACAUAUUUUAGCAAACGGGACAUUUCAGUGUCCCGACAAGAGUUGCCGGGACAACGGGACACUUAGUCAAAAAAUGAGACAUUCCCGUAUUAUACGGGACGUCUGGCAACCCUAAUUAAUUUACCAAACACGCUGAGCAUUACGUGGUUGUGCUUUGUGGUAAAAAGCAAUUUUGAUUGUUAUAUAAGUAAUUUUUUUUGUAGGCAUUUUAGGAUAAAAAUAUUUUAACAAAAAUCGUAAAAAUUGUGGCAUUUUGAAACCUAACCGAAAUCGCUAAAAAUAAUGUUCAGUAAAAUUAUAUUAUGUAAUUAAAUUACAAACAAAUUAUAUAUUAAUGUAAUAAUUAGGUAAAAAAUAUACUUAUAGCACCUGGUUGAUAGAUACGAAUCUAAAACGAAGAUCUGGGGAGGGGGCAUCAUUUUUUCACAACAAAUACAAUUAAAGUAUAAUAUAAUACAUUAUAUAUGUUAUUUUCUCAUAGGUACAAUUCUCAUACAAAAAUCGGAGAAAUAAUAUGUCUGAGGGGGCCUGGGGCCCUAGUCCCCUCCCCCUGGAUUCGUCCCUGCUGGUUGUUAUGGCUGGGUCCGGACUUUGAGGCUACAGCCUCGGCUGCCCCCCUCUCGCCGUACAUGUCAAAAUUGUGUAUCAAUACUUUAUUUUUGGCAUUUAUUAGUUAUUAGGUGCCUGCCUAUAUUAGAUAUACUAAUUGAGAACUGAGCAUUAUAAAUUAUAAUACCUACUCGGCUACUCAUAAGUCAUAUUAGUUAUACAAAUAUUACAUUAAUAGUAUGCUUAUAUCAGUUAUACCUAGGUACCUACCGUAACUAAUUUUCAAUGCCCAACCUAAUCUACUUACUUUAUUUUAGAUAAGCAUUUAUUAUAGUCUAGUUAGGAUUUUUUUUAUAAAAUACUAGAAGAAUUGGUUAGGGUUGGGCACUGGCCAAGCAACUGAUUACGUUAGGAAUAAAUUUGGAAAAUAAUAUUUUAGAAAUGUAAUGAUGUUUGUGGGAAAAUUAUGUACCUACAUACACGUUGUUAAAUAGUAUUUUCGGCCAUGGUCAAGUGUGUAGGUUAGGUGGAUAAAAAAUUAGUAAUUAGUUAAUAAAAUAAUUAAUGGAUAUUAAUCCAUCUUGGUGAAUAGUAUCAUUACAAGUAUUAAGUGGGAGGAAAGGUAGGUAUAAAGGAGUGAGGCCUUUCAUGAAGCGCAAGGCCCUGAACAAAUGUCCAAUCUGCUCUAUCUUUUUGCCGGCUAUGAAUAGAAGGGAAAAUGCCAGACGAGUAAAAAGUGUUUUAUUAGAUAGGUACCUAAAUAUAUUUAAGACAAAAAAGAUAGGUAUAUAAGAGUGUGGAAAUUGUAAAGGAAUAAUAAAAAAUUAAAAUUAAUAAGACAUAGUAUUUCAAGAUUAUAAAAAGAGAAUUAUAAGUAAGGCUUCAAUAAAAUUUAAGAACCAAUUUGGUGUUUGCCAGGCAAUUCAACAAUAGGUCAAGUUUUUUGUACAAGACAGACUGUAGAUAAGUAUAAAAAAAAGAAAAAUCAAUGUAUGGCUUUUAUAGAUCUAGAGAAGUCAUAUAAUAUGAUAAUGCUGAGAAAGGUUCUGAUUAGGGCAUUAAUGAGAAAGGAGUUCAAAAAUUGAAUGUCAAAAGUAUAUGUAGAUUAUCAGAAGCUUUUGAGAUUAGAGUAAGUGUGCAUCAUGUUUUGGCUUUGAACCCUUACCAGUUUUCUAUUGUAGGUACCUAAUUAAGUUAUGAAAUAAAUACAAUACAAGGUACCACAGUGCAUGAUGUUAGCAGAUUAAUAGUUUUGAUAGGAGAAAAUCUGAAAGAAGUUGACAAACGUGUAAGUACAAAGUAUAAGCGUUUAAAAGCGUGUCAAAAAAUCUUUUUAUAUCUUACUGUCUAAGACUCAACGUGAAACAGCCUAGUAUGAUGGAAGUUAAAGAAUAUACUUAGUCUGGGAAAUUCCAUAUCCAUUUUUUUAAAAAAAAAUUAUGGUUUUGUUAAUUAAAAAAACAAGGCCACUUUAUAAUUUUAAAUAAAUUAGAGUAGAUAAAUUUUGAUUUUAUAAUAAUGUCAUUAAAAAAGCUAUUAAAUUGCUGUUUCUAAAAAAUUAAGUUUAGCUGCCACAACCAUCACAUAAUGGUAGAUUUGUUGAAAUAAGUAAUAUCUAAACAUGUCCAAACUUAAAAUAUUAAUUUUUGUUUUCAGAAUCAAGAGGAGUGCGCCGACUGUACAAUUAAUUCCACAGAUCAGUGAUGAGAAGAAACUGGAAAGAAAAAAAACAAAAAUAUAUAACUUGGCCGUUGGACCAUCGUAGAUUUUUUUUAUUGUUUAACAUAUUUUAUAUAUAAUAUAUAAUAUAAUAUUAUGUUUUAUCAUAAUAAUAUAAUUAUUAUAAACAAUGUUACAUUUUAAAUUUAUUUAUAAAAAUAAGUUACAUAAGAAAUAAAUUAUUAAUAAAAUAGAAUGGCAUUAGGAGAUUACCUAUUUGUGUUCUUGAUUGAGAAAAAAAAUAUAUUUUCAUUUCCCUAUUAUUUGGAUAACAGAAAAAUUGUAUAACAAAACAGUAAACAUUCAGUAAAUCGCUAAUAUCAAAUUAAAUGAAUUCUUUAAAUAAUAAAUUAUUCUAAAUGACAUUAAACAAUAUGCAAGGUAAAUAAAUACUAUAUACACUUAGUUAUUUUAAAAAUUAUUGCUUCGCUAUUAACAAAAUAUUUAUAAUAAUACAUCAGUAGUUAUUCAAACUGCCAAAUAUUACUAAAUUUCCUAUACAAUCUUAAUAAUUAUGUUACAAUAUAAUUAAAUGAUAUUGUGCUCAACACUAAGCUACCUUGGUUUACAAUUCCCAAAUGGAAAAAUAAGUGGUGUGAAAUUAAUAUUAAUUUAUUAUUGGUUUAUUGACUUAAACAAAGGUAACGGCAAAACAUAAUAGCUUAUUUAAAAAGGUCUUAUAAUCACUCAGUCCAAUUCCAGGUCUCAAUAUGAAUCACCGACAAUAUAUUGUUUUUUCGCCCAGGCCGAAAAAACGUACUGGGUUUUGAUUAGGUACACCGAUAGUAUACUAAACAGGCGAUUGUUGUUGUGAUUUUUCACACUCUUGUUUCAACAUCAUCCUGUCUAAUUUGUCAACAGUUGCGUUCAGUUCACUUUCCCAGCCUUUACGAUCUUCCACACCUUCUACCUCUUCAGUUCUUUUGCUUUCCAUCAUUAAGGGUUUGGUAGCGAGAUCUCGUACUUUUUGACGCAGUUGUUCCAGUUCCU